AUGGAUAAUUUAACUAUAGAUGUUAGAUCAUGUUCUGCGCUUAUUCCUACAGACGCAGUAUCAACUGUCCAUGAUGAAGGGUCCAGAGUCUGUCCGCUGUGUUCAUCCGAAAUAAGACUGUUCUACAUAAACUUUAAUGAGAAGUUAUUAAUGUGUGAAAACACGGAAUGCGAUUUUCCGUUCGGUUACGAGGAAAUUAAGCUGGUGAGGGUUGAAAACUAUGAAGAUAUAAGUGACACUCGAUCCGGCAGAACAAAACCGAGUAUGAUGUCUCCUUCUAGAAGUUCCAUAGCAUCCACAGCCGCCUGGUCAGAGAUAGAAAAGCUGAAUAAAGUCACCGACGACUUAGAUGACACUCAAAUAGAAAUACCGCAAUAUGAGAAGUUCUCCCAAACAAAGAAAACUACAAAACUAUCGAGAGACUCCAAAAUGAAGAUCCAAAAACACGCUGAGGAGCUCAAAGACCUCGAUAAGGAUUUAAUGAAAAUAAAAACAGAUCCUAAGAUUAUAAACAACGAAAAGUGGAUCAAGAAUCUCAUGUCGCUACAAGGUAUAUCAGGCAAGUCGCUGUUACAACCACAGGAGUUGAUUAAAUUGAAGAAACGCACUGAACGUAAAAAGAGUGAACUGAAAAUUGACAUUGAGAAGGGGGAAACUGGGAUGUCGUCGAUUACUAUACACCUCGGGAAUAAGGAAACUACAACUACAUAA